AUGAAUGAUAAUGAAGAUAUCAUAUAUGGUUCAGAUACUGAUAUCGAUUUGGUAGAUUCUGAAGAUUUUUGUGAAGCUAGUUUUGAAGAUGCAGUAAAUGAUAUGAUCGAUGAGCAUAUUUCAUA